AUGAGGACAGAUAUACAAUGUCUUCGGGGAAUAGCAAUUAUUUUUGUUUUGAGCUUCCACUUGGCUCCGAAUUUAUUUGUAAAUGGGUUUCUGGGAGUUGAUAUAUUCUUCGUUAUUUCUGGAUUUCUGAUGGCUAAAAACUUGGCAAACUUGGAUUUAUUGAAAUAUCAAGACUUUUUAUUAUUUUACUACAAAAGAUUCCGAAGAAUUCUCCCCAUGUAUUUCGUAUCGAUUUUUCUUAUAGUCGUUAUGGUCCACCUGUAUCUCCCAGAUUUUCUGUGGAACAACAAUAACAGAUACUCAUUGGCAUCUCUAUUUCUGAUAACUAAUCAAAUGGUCAUUCAUGAUCAAGCUGAUUAUUUUAACGAGUUUUUCUCUUCAUCAUCCUCAAUGAAUGCGUUCCUCCAUUUGUGGUCAUUGUCCCUCGAAAUGCAAUUUUAUCUUCUUGUUCCUUUCAUUUUCUUAGGCUUGCAGUUCCUCAAAAAUGACUAUUUGAAGUUAUUCACGGUUUCACUAAUCACUGUAUUUGGAUUUAUUGGUUUUGCAAUGAUCUUGGACAAAUUUGCAUUCAAUUUUCUUUUUCUCCGCUUAUGGCAAUUUUCCGCUGGGUUCAUAGCUUCAUUCUGGAUGAAAAUUCAUAAAUCUAAACUUCCAAACAAAACUCAAAAUGAUAAAAUAGAAUCUGUCAAAGAGAAAAAGUUCAAGUGUCCUUUCAACAAGGAAGAUUUUGUGAUUAUUGCUCUCUCAAUCCUGGCUCUAUGUCUCAUGCCAAACAAAAUACCAUUAUUGAUUUUGAGACCAUUGGUCACUUUGUCUACUGUUUUAAUAAUUGGAUGUCAGACUGAUAAGCUUCAGCUCCUACAAUCAAAAUUUCUGGUGUACAUUGGGGAUAUGUCAUAUGUGAUUUAUCUUGUCCAUUGGCCAGUUAUUUCAAUGUUUCUUUCGGCUACAAUUCAAAGUUACUUAUUUUGUAUAGUAACCAUCAUUGUGGCAUCUAUUAUUCUUCACCAUCUUUUUGAAAAGCAGUACCUGAAACUAGAAAUGAGUGGUAUAUUCCCACUAGUUUUUCUUCUCAUUGCCACCAAUGCCUAUUUGCAAUAUAGCAUCAGAAACGAUAGCUUUUGGAGCUAUAAGUAUGAAAAUGAAACCAAAAAAAUUAUUGACCAAAAUAAUGAAUCCUACGCUCCACUUUAUGAUUUUGAAACUCGCAGAGGGAAGUGUUUAGAGAAGGAUUUAGAUGUUCCAUUCGAGAAGAAUCAAUUACUAGGAUACUGUCGGUAUCCACCAGGAAAAGGAAACGUUUCGGUGAUGAUGAUCGGAAACAGUUAUAUUCUGAAUUUCGUAGAUCAAAUUGAAGAAAGUUUCAAGUUGAAUUAUUCAGAGUUCAGAUACAUUUCCAUAAUAGCAAGCUAUGGCACAUUUUCAAGUAGCUGGAAGAUAUCAGAGCAAGCGCUGGAAAUAUCAGAAAAACAAGUUGAGCUAUACAAACCUGAUGUACUUUUCAUAGUACCACGGUACAUGCAAAAUAUAAAAGAUCCAAUUCGUGAAAACGAUGAAUUGGUGGAGGAGAUGAACAAAAAUAUCGAGUUUUAUGAAAAAUUCGUCAAGAAAAUAUACAUCUUAGAUGCUCUCCCUGAAUAUAGUGAAAACUUUUUCACAUUGUUCUUACAUUAUUUGAUAACACGACCGGAAGAUAUGGAGCUUCUUCAUUUGAAUAAAAAGAAAGCAGAUUUGGAUAUGAAGAAUGUGAGGAAACGAUUGAGAAUGAUAAAGUGCACGAAGUGCGAGCUAUUCGAUCUGAGUCAUUUGUUUGUGGAAAACGAUAAAUAUCUGACAUUCGACAGGGAAAACAUGAUGUCUUAUGUCGAUAAUUCGGUUCAUUUAACAACAGCAGGAGUUGCACCAUGUGAUCCGAUUUUUAAAAAUAUUACCAAAGAAAUAUUGAAUAAAUUUUAA